AUGGAGACAAUCAUCUCUGCAAUCAUGGGCGAACUUGCCACUAGAUCCCUCUCCUUCUUGAUUGGUAGAUACUUAAAGACAGCGUCAUCGAAGGAGGAGAGCUCACAGAGAUUACAAUGGAUGCUUCAGCGGGUUCAUCUCACCGUCGAGGAGGCAGAGGGGAGGUGCAUCACAAACCAAGCAAUGCUUCAGCAACUGAACAUACUAAGAGAAGUGAUGUACCGAGGCUACUACAUUCUAGACACCUUCAUACAGCAAGCCCCAGAAGAAGAGAAGGACAACGAUCAAGGCACGAACCGCUCCUUAUCACUGUCUAAAUUCAAUCCUGCUAAGCGUUUUUGUUUCUCAGCUGGAAGUAAAUAUGGCACAAAAAGGACAGAAGAGAUGCUUGAAAGUGUAGAGAUCGCCAUCGCUAAUAUGAGUGAGUUUGUUAUUUUCCUGAGAAAUUACCCUCGUAUGUUUCGCCAGCCAUAUAGCACAUAUCUGUUUAUUGAGAAGUGCAUGUUUGGUCGCCAAAUGGAGAUGGAUCGGGUCACCAACUUCUUGCUGUAUGAAGAACCUCCUGUUGAUGGCAACUUCGGUGUCCUACCAAUUGUAGGUCCAGGAAAAGUUGGAAAGACUACUCUUGUUGAGCAUGUUUGCUGCGACGAAAGGGUGCGUAAUCACUUUUCUUGUAUUAUCUUCUUAAGCGACAAUGAUUUCAGAGAAGAAAAGCAAUGCACCUUAAGAGAUCAAGGUAGAAUCAAACAUCAACAUGAUGACUCCAAUGAAGAAAAACUUCUGGUCAUUGUUGAACUAGUUGGGAAUGUUGAUGAAAGUGCAUGGAGAAGGUUGCUCUCAGCUUAUCAAAGUAGCGUUUCAACAAGCAGUAAAAUUAUAAUAACGAGCCGAUCUGAGAAUAUCACAAACUUUGGAACAACGCAAGCUCUCAGCUUGAACUUUUUGUCUCGAGAGGCAUAUUGGUACUUCUUCAAGGCACUUCUGUUUGGAAGCACAGACCCUGAAGAGCAACCGAUGCUAGCAUCCAUAGCAUUGAAGAUAUUUGAUGAGUAUUUUGACCAAGAAAUAUAUACACCAUUCACUGGACCUUUCAUAGAUCUAAACAACGCGGCUAACCUUCUAAAAUCUAGGGUUGGUGCGCAGAAUUGGCGCAGGAUUCUUGGCUGCAUCAGGGAGAACAGGCAGCAAAAUGAGCGUUUAUCUAGAAAGAUCCUAAGUGAUUUUGGGAUGGAAAAUGAUCAUAUAUUUCUUCGGAGAGUAACUGAAACUACUCAAUAUUGUGUACUUCACAACCAUGAUCGGAUAAGGCUUGACAACGAAGAUACUCCCAAAACAACUUUGGUAGAAAUUAUUUCUGGGAGUGUUCCACCUCAUGGCAAAUUUGAGGUCCUAGUUUGGAAAUCUCACUUGCCACCAUAUCACAACCACAUAUAUAGCUGUGAGAUUCUUGAUCUUGGGUGCGAGGUUACCAGGAAUAAGCAGUGUGAGAAGAGGAAGAUUUUGAGUUAG